CUCAGUCUUUCGCCUCAGUCUCGAGCUCUAGCUGGCAGCCAAGCGUACGAGCUCUGCGAUCAGCGGCCGCCAUCGACGUUGCUUCGCUUCUUCUAGGCUCAUCUGCGCCACUCGCUCGCCACACACUCCGCAGUCCUAAGCCGCUAUCAUGGUAAAGCUUGCAAAGGCCGGUAAAAAUCAAGGUGACCCCAAGAAAAUGGCUCCUCCCCCAAAGGAGGUAGAAGAAGAUAGUGAAGAUGAGGAAAUGUCAGAAGAUGAAGAGGAUGAUAGCAGUGGAGAAGAGGUUGUUAUUCCUCAGAAAAAAGGCAAAAAGGCUACCACAACUCCAGCAAAGAAGAUGAUGGUUUCCCCAUCAAAAAAGGUUGCAGUUGCCACACCGGCAAAGAAAGCAGUUGUCACCCCUGGCAAAAAGACAGCCGCUACGCCAGCCAAGAAGACAGUUACACCUGCCAAAGCAGUAGCAACACCUGGCAAAAAGGGAGCCACACCAGGCAAAGCAUUGGUAGCAACCCCUGGUAAGAAGGGAGCAGCCGCUCCAGCCAAGGGAGCAAAGAACGGCAAGAAUGCCAAGAAGGAAGACAGUGAUGAGGAAGAUGAAGAUGACAGUGAAGAGGAGGAGGAGGAGGAUGAAGAGGAGGAUGAGGAUGAAUUCGAGCCUGCGGUGAUGAAAGCAACUGCUGCUCCUGCCUCGGAUGACGAGGAUGAGGAUGACGAGGAUGAUGGUGAAGACGACGAUGAGGAUGACGAGGAUGAUGAGGAUGACUCAGAAGAAGAAGCUAUGGAGACUGCAGCAGCCAAAGGAAAGAAAGGUCCAGCAAAAGCUGCUCCUGUGAAGGCAAAGAGCACUGCUGAAGAUGAAGAUGAGGAAGAUGACGAGGAGGAGGAGGACGAGGACGAGGAGGAGGACGAGGACGAGGAGGAGGAGGACGAGGAGGAGGACGAGGAGGAGGAAGAACUUGUCAAAGAAGCACCUGGAAAGCGAAAGAAGGAAAUGGCCAAACAAAAAGCAGCUCCCGAAGCCAAGAAACAGAAAGUGGAAGCCACAGAACCAACUACAUCUUUCAAUCUCUUUGUUGGAAACCUGAACUUCAGUAAAUCUGCUCCUGAAUUGAAAACGGGUAUCAGUGACCUUUUUGCGAAAAAUGAUCUUGCAGUUGUUGAUGUCAGAAUUGGUGUGUCUAGGAAGUUUGGCUAUGUGGAUUUUGAAUCUGCUGAAGACCUGGAAAAAGCCUUGGAACUCACUGGUUUAAAAGUCUUUGGCAAUGAAAUUAAACUAGAAAAACCAAAGGGAAAAGACAGUAAGAAAGAACGAGAUGCGAGAACACUUUUGGCUAAAAAUCUUCCUUAUAAAGUUACUCAGGAAGAAUUAAAAGAAGUGUUCGAAGAUGCUGUGGAGAUCAGAUUAGUCAGCAAGGAUGGAAAGAGUAAAGGGAUUGCUUAUAUUGAAUUUAAGACAGAAGCUGAUGCAGAGAAAACCUUGGAAGAAAAGCAGGGAACAGAGAUAGAUGGGCGAUCCAUUUCCCUGUACUAUACCGGAGAGAAAGGUCAAGGUCAAGACCAUAGAGGUGGAAAGAAUAGCACUUGGACUGGUGAAUCAAAAACCCUGGUUUUAAGCAACCUCUCCUAUAGUGCAACAGAAGAAACUCUUCAGGAAGUAUUUGAGAAGGCAACGUUUAUCAAAGUGCCCCAGAACCAAAGUGGCAAAUCUAAAGGGUAUGCAUUUAUAGAAUUUGCAUCAUUUGAAGAUGCUAAAGAAGCUUUAAAUUCAUGUAAUAAAAGGGAAAUUGAGGGCAGAGCCAUCAGGCUGGAGUUGCAAGGACCCAGGGGACAACCUAAUGCAAGAAGCCAGCCAUCCAAAACUCUGUUUGUCAAAGGUCUGUCUGAGGAUACUACAGAAGAGACAUUAAAGGAGUCGUUUGACGGCUCUGUUCGUGCAAGGAUAGUCACUGACCGGGAGACUGGAUCCUCUAAGGGGUUUGGUUUUGUAGACUUCAACAGCGAGGAAGAGGCCAAAGCUGCCAAGGAGGCCAUGGAAGAUGGUGAAAUCGAUGGAAACAAAGUUACUUUGGACUGGGCCAAGCCUAAGGGUGAAGGUGGCUUCGGUGGCCGAGGAGGAGGCCGAGGUGGCUUCGGUGGCCGAGGAGGAGGCCGAGGUGGCGGCCGAGGUGGAUUUGGAGGCCGAGGCCGGGGAGGCUUUGGAGGGCGAGGAGGCUUCCGAGGAGGCAGAGGAGGAGGAGGAGGAGACCACAAGCCACAAGGAAAGAAGACGAAGUUCGAAUAGUUUCUUCUAUCCCUGUCUUCCCCUCUUCCAUUUGAAAGAAAGGACUCUGAGGUUUUUACUCUGUUACCUGCUCAAUGACAGAGCCUUCUGAGGACAUUCCAAGACAGUAUACAGCCCUGUGGUCUACUUGGAAAUCCGUAUAGAUAACAUUUCAAGGGAGAUAACCCUGUUGGUGUUGACUGGAUAUUCGUAUAAACUUUUUAAAGAGAUGAGUGAUAGAGCUAACCCUUAUCUGUAAGUUUUGAAUUUAUAUUGUUUCUUCCCAUGUACAAAACCAUUUUUUUCCUACGGAGUUUUUUGGUUUUGUUUUUGUUUUUUUGCGUUGGUGGGUUAUAAAGGAAAGCAGAAUGUUUUAUCAUGAUUUUUGCUUUAGCAACUUUGGGACAAAUUAAAAGUCCUGAACUCUGGUGCCAGACUUGUACUUCCUGUCCUAGAGUGUUUCUCCUGGAAUACACUGAGAGUGGAGCAUGGCAAAUCAGUUCUGCCACUCCAGAUCUCCACCCCCUGUGAAAAUGCUUAUGCUUUGGUUUCAAGUAUCCCAGCCAUAAGUUUUUGCAGCCCUGUGUAUGUCACGUGAAAGGCUCACUGGAAGUCCACUGUGGCCUUAGUCCACUUAGAAACAGGCCUGAGGGGUCAGGUGUCCUGAAAAAGUGCUUUGGAAAGAGGACCAGGAGCACUUUGGUCCGGCCUUGUUUAGGUGGGUGCGAGAGCGACGACUGAUGAGUGUACUUCCUGCUGGGUGCGUGGGCCAAAACGGAGGCUUUGGGACUGUGAGGCUGGAGAGGAAGCUACCGGUCUAGCCGACGGACCUGAUAACUUUUGUAAUUCCCCCAGCACCCUCAGGUUAAACCAACAAGAAAGGCCUUUGGUUUUGCGCUAUGAUGAGAACGUGGACAUUCUGGCUUGUUAAGCAUUCCCUUGCCCACCCCCCACUGCUAGUAAAAGGUCACAUGAGAGGCCUAGGUCAAGCGAUUAACAUGAUAUAUUUAGUUGAAAAAUGGUGCGCAAGAUGGUACAGAAUGAAAAUGCCAACUCAAAAAUCCGGUACUGGUAGACUAGAGGGCAAACUAAAGGAUUUGAAUUAGCUUAGUUUUGGCCUGGUUAUGAGUUGCUGGCAGGAUGAGGGAAUCUAAACCUUGUGCAUAUCACGCACCACUCACCAAGUCAAGUCCGUUGUAAGUACUAAAGGCACAGACCAGGACAAAUAACCUGGUUUGAAGGGGUGGAAGAUUGGAAGUUUGGGUGCUGCUGGGAAGAAAAAUCAAGCCAGCAGAGGGACAUCCUCUCGUCAGGCAAACCUAAAAACUAAAAUGAACCAUUGGAGAGCCUACAGCUCAGGGAACUCUACUCAGUGCUCUGUGGUGACCUAAAUGGGAAGGAGAUCCACGAGAAGGGGGAUAUAUGUAUACGUAUAGCUGAUUCACUUUGCUGUACAGUAGAAACUAACACAACAUUGUAAAGCAACUAUACUCUGAUAAAAAUUAAAAGCAAAAUAAUGAAAUGAA